GCAAAGCUUGGAGAUGAAAUUCUUGACUACAGGGAUUUGGCUGCUCUUCCUAAAAAUAAAGCCAUCUAUAACAUUGACCGCCCAGAUAUGAUCUCCUAUUCUCCAUAUAUCAGUUACUCUUCAGAUGACAGGCAUAGUUACGGGGAGGGUGACCAAGAUGACAGAUCUUUCAAGCAGUACAGGACAUCAAGUCCUAGCUCUGCUGGCUCACUGGGCUAUGGUCGCUACACUCCAACCUCCCAUUCUCCUCAACAUUACAGCAGACCAGCUGGUACUCAGAGUCUUGGUACCAGUAGCUGCAUCUCCCUGCCCCAACACCCAAGCCCUACAUCUACAUUCAGACAUCAUUACAUCCCUUUCUUCAAAGGCAGUGAAAGUGGUCGGAGCACUCCAAGCUUAUCCAUGUACUCAGACAGCAAAUCUUCACCUUCUGUCUAUCAGCAGGCUCCUAGGCAUUUCCAUAUUCCAGACACUGGCGUAAAAGAUAACAUCUAUAGGAAACCUCCUAUCUACAAACAGCAUGCAGCAAGAAGAUCAGAAGGGGAGGAUGGAAGUUUGGAUCAGGACAGUAAGAAGCUAAAGGCCAGUUGGCUUAUUCUGAAAGGGGAUAUGGACACCAGAACUAAUUCCCCGGAUUCGGACACCCGGUCCCUGUCUCUUACUGCCGGAAGCGACAGAGAAAACUUCCCAAGGACACAGGAGGGCACAACUACCGGCUACUCCCGAUUUCCAUAUUCUAAAUCUGCUUCUCUACCUGGCUGUGGAAAGAAUGGCUUACACCAGCCUGAAAAUAUGGGCCAAUAUGAAACGGACCAGGAGACGAGCUGGGGGAUGAAAGAAUACAAGGUAAGAAGGGCUUUUCCAACCCUGGAAGAACAAUCAGAUUCAGCACUUCCUAGCAAGAUUUAUCCUUAUGAAACACUUAUUGUAACAAACCGAGUUCGUGUGAAAUUGCCUAAGGAUGUGGACAGGACCAGGCUGGAGAGGCAUUUGUCCCCUGAAGAGUUCCAGGAAGUCUUCAAAAUGAGCAUUGAGGAAUUUGAUCGUCUGGCACUUUGGAAGCGGAACGACCUGAAGAAAAAGGCCCUGCUUUUCUAGCCCCUCCCGGAUAAAAUAUGUGCUUAAUCAAAACAAAAAUAGUCUUGCCAGAACUAUCACAUGCACUUGCUGUUGAACCAUUGUCCAGCUUCAUUGUGUUAGUAUGUGUUGGGGGAAACAGGACAGAUUAGAUGGCAACGCGUUGGAAUACAGAGAAUUUGCUAAUCUUGCAUGACCAGAUGGUUUUGUCAGUAACUCCUGGUCCUACCCAGUUUACAACAUGCAGAAAAUCUAGCUUUAAAUUUAUUGUUGCUUGCAGUUACUGCUUGAUGCAAACGGAAAUUAUGAAAGGAAGAGAAAAAGUGUAGCUGUGACAAAGGAAAUACUUCCAACAUUUUGUUCCAUUAAGUUUUACAACUCAAUUUUUACAAAAUCAAGUAAUGAAUAUAAAAGUCUCCAAAAGGGGAUCACAUGCUAUUACAUAUAUGGUAAAAGCCAAAGAAAAGCAUGUCCACAAGCAAUUAUUGCAAUUGUUUAUGUGUGGUACUUUUUAAGAAUGAAAAAUAUGGAAGCACCUUAAUUCUACUUCUUAUACUUUAGACACAGCCUACUCUCUAAAAGGUCAUAUUUGUCUAGAAGGUAACUAGCUAUCUUUAAUUACAACACAAGAGUUUUUAUUUUAUUAAGAAUAUAUUGUGACAUAAAACAGUUAUAAUGACUAAAAUGUGUACAGACCUACUUAAAAAUUUAGUCCCAUUCAUCAGGAAAACUGAAGCCU